GUAAACUAACUGGGCUUCUGCCGUCAAUGUGAAAGAUGCAAUUUUUAGGAGCAGUAGGGUUAUAUUUUGUAAUGGUAUCUCUAACUCAGAUAUCAUAUACGCAAGCUCAAGGAUGCAAGAUUACAUCAAUAACAUCUCCAACUGCAUCAUCGCUUCUGGUGAAAUGGAUGAAAAACACAGGAGCAACAACUUAUUUGUUGGACCUUCGGGUAAUAAAUGCGACAGAUAUAGCACCUGUCGUGAUAACGUUGACAGGGUCCAAUACGGAGAGAUUGAUCCAGGGCCUGAGACCGGGAACUACAUACAAUGUCACGGUCAAAAUGUUCCAGUUUUACUAUGUGAUGUGCUCGGAUACGCAAGCGGCAACAACAGGUCCUGCCACCGCACAGAUAACGUCCUUGAAGACAUUAUCAAGUACUUCAAUCCAAGUGGAAUGGACGCGAGUGACUACGGCAGAAAGUUAUUACCUGUUGGUUGAGUCAGAGACUGGCAGAGUAAGCCUCAAUUUCACCUAUACCAACACAAGCACUGUAGUUCAAAACCUACAGCCGUCAACUGCCUAUAGCUGUUCCAUCUACACUGCAAACAAAGCUGGUCUUGGAGACAGAAGCAGUGUGAGGACAAUUACUACAUUGGUCCAACCUCCAAAGGGAGUCACAGGCGUGCAGAUCGGGAAGAGAACGGCGCGUGUGAGCUGGCAGCCGGUGGAAAAGGUUAUUCUGUACAAAGUAACCGUUACCUACUUGGAUGAACCAAACAGAGCCCCGUUCAAGACAAACGCGUCUAACAGCCAGCUGGAAAUACAGGACAUACUGCCAUGUUCUUCUUAUCAGAUAUCAGUGGCCUCUUUCAAUACCUUUCUGCAGCCAGGAGAGCCCACAGAAUACCUGUAUACUACAAACCGAUUAAGUAACGUGGUGUCCAUAUCAGUGGACUACUUCUGUAGCGGGGGUUCAGCCACAGUGUCCUGGGCCCCAGUGUUGGGGGCAGAUUCCUACAGAGCUGUAGCCACCAGCAGCGACGGGACCGUCCUUUCCUGCACCUCUCAGACGACAGAGUGCCAGAUUAUAGGGAGCGGCUGUGGAAAGGACUACCUGGUAAAGGUCACUGCUGUGUCCGAUGGCUGUGAGGCGACAGCCAAUGUAACCUCACACUUUGUCACAGUCCCCUGUCCUCCCAAGGAGCCGCAGCUCUUCCGUGAAUGUUCCAGCAACGUGAUCGUUUUUUCCUGGGCGGCGACCAACCACACCGAUUUCUACACGGCCACGGCAGUGGACUCACAGGGAGAAGUCAUGACGUGUGUCACCGAGGACACUUCCUGUUUCUUCACCGACACGGCGUGCGGCCGUCUCUACAACUUCACAGUCUACUCCGUCAGCAGCGGGUGCAACAGCCAGGACAGUCCGGCUGUAACCGUCCGCACCGCACCAUGUAUGCCCCAAAACAUGAUCUCCUUAGCCGACUGUCAGUCAAAUAUCCUGACCAUCACAUGGGACAGUUCAGAGGGGGCUGUUUUCUACGUGGUGGAAGCAUGGGGAAACAACGACUUUACCAAACGAUACAACUGCAGCUCGUUCAACAACAGCUGCGCCAUACCCUCUGUGCAUUGUGGAGAGAGUCUAGCCAUGUACAUCACCGCCUUCGAUAACGACUGCCCCAGCUCCAUGACUCUGGGACAGGUGGCUGUGACGGUACCUUGCGUUCCUCAGAACCUUUCUGCAGUGAUGCUCUGCCAAGACAACUCUGUCACUCUGAACUGGGAGGUGACGUACGGUACCCUGUUCUACAUCGCUACGGUGACGGAUGACACUGGCGUGCUACACACCUGUAACUCCAUGAACACUGAGUGCCAAAUCACAGGCCUACGCUGUAGCUCCACCUACACCGCCUUUGUCACCGCGUCCAACCUCAUAUGCAACAGCUCCCACAGUGACACCAUCUACAUAGAGACAGUCCCCUGUCCUACGGACCACGUCCAUGCCUUCCUGGACUGUGCGGCAAACCAGGCUCUGAUUGUGUGGCAGGGCUACUCCAGCCGAUUGUCCUACACGGCCAUCAUGGAGGACACGGAGGGAGGCCUGCUCAGCUGUAGCACCACAGGAAACAACUGCACCAUCCCCAGCCUGAAGUGUGGCCAGCUCUACUCUGUUUCCGUCACGCACCACGACGGCAUCUGCCCCAGCAUACGCUCCAACACCAUCAACAUGGAGUCAGUCCCAUGUGGGCCGGCCAAUGUAAAUACCAAGGUGGAUUGUGGGUCUGGUACGCUGAUGGUGAGCUGGAGCGCCUCGCUCCACGUGGAACAAUACACUACCAUCAUAACCCGCAGCAAUGGAGAGCAAGUGUUCUUUAACUCCAUGGCAACCAAUUGUAAUGUGACCACUCUGGACUGCGGAGAGGAGUACUCUGUGACGGUCAGGUCGGUCAAUGGAUCCUGCCUCUCUAUGCCCAGCCAGGACAUGGUCAUCAGUCAAGUGCCCUGUAUUCCCACUAACAUCAUGGCCAAACAUACCUGCGGAGAGAAUUCCACAUCUGUCACCUGGGACGCCAGCCGUGGCGCAAAGAUGUAUACCGCCAUUGCCGUGAGCGACGGAGGUCACCAUACGGCGUGCACCUCGAACAGCACCGCGUGUGGUCUGACAGAUCUGCUGUGUGGACAGACUUACAGUCUCAGUGUGAUAGCUGCGGACGACAACUGCUCCAGCAUGAAGAGUAACACGGUCAUCCUAAAGACAGUUCCUUGUCCUCCCACCAAUGUCUCCGGCUGGGUGGACUGUAGUACCAACACUGCCUCCCUCUCCUGGGACGCCAGUCCCAAUGCCGUUUCCUACUUUGGCACUGCAGUGGGCACCAACGGGCAGCAUGUGAGCUGUAAGGCUUCAGCUCUGGGGUGCCAGCUGACUGCCCUGAUCUGUGGUCAGGUGUACAUCUUCACGGUGUCUGCCUCCUAUGGUAGAUGUGAGAGCCCAGAGAGCCAACAGGUCACACUGGAGACGGCCCCCUGUGUCCCCCAGAAUGUAGUGAACAGUCUGUUCUGUGACAACAACACCCUGAGUGUCAGCUGGGCCCCUGCAUCCAUCGACCGUAACUACAGCGCCACCGCCAGGGCUGUUAAUGGUACUUCAGGUUCCUGCACCACCAUGGGCUCAACCUGCAUGCUGGAUGGGCUGCCGUGUGGACAACAGUACACCAUUACUGUGUCAUUCACCAGCAGCAACUGUUCCGGACCUAGCAGCAGACCACAGACAGUUCAGACAGUGCCCUGUGUUCCUCUCCAUGUACGUGGGCAUGUAGAUUGUGCCUCGAACACCCUGCAGGCCUCUUGGGAUGCCACAGACGGUGCUCAUUCUUACAUCUCCAUGAUAAACGGGUCAGACGGUUACAACUCGACACGCGUUACAGCUGCCCUGACCUCCUCCUUCACCGGCCUGGAGUGUGCCAAGAUGUACAGCCUCAGCGUUGUUGCUAAAGACUACCAGUGCAAUAGCUUUGUCAGUGCUUAUGUGUCUGUAAUUACAGCUCCAUGUAACCCAAAGAAUGUAGCUGCCCUGUUGCAGUGCAGUUCAGGGGUGGUGACAGUAUCAUGGGAGGCCAGCGCUGGAGCAGCCACCUACACUGCCUUUGUCCAAAGGGACGGAGGGACAAACGUCACUCAGUGCAAAACCACGGGCACUUCCUGUGACCUCACCCAGCUGGAGUGUGGGGAGGUUUAUAAUGUGACUGUGGUGGCAGGUGAUGGAACUUGCAACAGCACCUUGCUCGCCACAACCACUGUCAAGACAGCACCCUGUCCCCCCACCAUGAACAACCCCUCCCUGGACUGUGCCUCAAACCAGGCCUCCAUCUCCUGGGCUAAGGACGACCAGGCUGUGAGCUUCUUCAUCAACGGCUCUUCUGCCCUUGGUCACACCAGUUCCUGUAGCUCCACCAACACCUCCUGCCUCCUUGACCACCUGCUCUGCGGACAGACCUACACCGUGCACGCCAUCGCCCAGGGAGACAAGUGCAAUAGCGUACGCAGCGAGUCAUUCGAGAUCGUCACAGCCCCUUGCACUCCGGCCAACCUUCACGUCCAGUAUGAGUGUGGAACCAGUAUUGCCUUGCUGAGCUGGGACGAGACUCUGGGGCGUGACAGCUUCGUUGCCCGGGUGUACUCUUCUGACCACAGUGACUCCUGCAGCACGACGGACACGUACUGCUCCCUGACCACACUCAUGUGCGGUCACUGGUACAACGUGACAGUGGACGCUGUGGCGGGACACUGCAACAGCAGCCAGUCUGCCGUAACCCAAUUUCAGACAGCUUCCUGUGCCCCUCAGAACGUCAGCGCCAGGUUGGUGUGUUCCAACAGUGGCCUGGCAGUAACCUGGCAGGCCAGCCCUGGUCCUGUGGCCUACAAUGUGAUCGCCCAGGGAAACGACGGCGACAACAGGAAGUGCAUCACCAACAACACCAGCUGUGACUUACCCAACAUGCACUGCGGCCAGACAUACGAAAUCACAGUCACCCCCUUUUCCGAGACAUGCAAAGGCUUCGACAGUGCUGCCUUCACCUUCAACGCAGGUCCCUGCCCACCCAUAGAGGUCUGGACCGCUCUACAGUGUGAGGAUAACAUAGGCUCUGUGUCCUGGGUUGCCGCCCGUACCGCCGAGAUGUACAUAGCCACGGCUACCGACCAGAACGGCCAUGCCUACAACUGCAGCACCAGUGGGACGACGAGCUGCUCCUUUGGUGGCCUGCAAUGUGGCAAAACCUAUGCAGUUUCUGUGUUAACCAUGGACAGGGGCUGCCUGAGUGAACCCAGCCCACCAGUAACUCUCAAAUCAGCUAUCUGUCCUCCUACCAACCUGGCAGGAGUGACAGCCUGUGGGACCAAUGACUUGACCCUCACCUGGGACCCAAGCCCCAAGACUGGUGUCACGUACGUACUGUAUUCCCAGAGAAAGGGAGGAGCCAACACCAGUUACUCUACAGCAGACACAUCACAUGUGAUCUCAGGGCUGCAGUGUGGAGAACAUUAUAGCUUCAGGAUUACAGCCCAGGACUCUGUCUGCACUAGCAGCCUCAGCUCAACCAUGGAGAUCCACACAGCACCAUGCCAUCCCACCAAUCUGACUGCCCAAGCCAACUGUGGCACCAAUACGGGCACUCUCACAUGGAACUUGAGUGCAGGUGGAGAAACCUACAUUGUCACAGUAACCGGUACCACCCACAGCCACACAACUUCCUGUACAUCCCAGAGCACUUCCUGUUCUGUCCAACUGGACUGUGGAUACCCCUAUUUAGCCACCGUGGUCGCCUCAAGUGGGACGUGUAACAGCACCACGAACACCGUGCAGUUUGACUCAGCCCCCUGUCUGCCAGGCAAUGUGACAGCAGUCCUAGACUGCAGUGCCAACACGUUUGCGGUGAAGUGGUCGAAGAGUCAGGGGAAACCCAAGUCCUACAUGGCUCUGGCCAUCGGCAGCGACGGCUCCCAUCUCACCUGCAACACCAGCUCCACAGCCUGCAUUGUCCACGGCCUGACCUGCGGCGUCACAUACAGCAUUGCUGUCACCACCACCAGUAUCAACUGUAGCUCUAUCGAGGGUUCUGACUACAAGGUCCAGUCUGCUCCAUGUACGCCAGAGGGACCAGCUGUGAGCUUGGACUGCAGAACCAACAUUGCUGAGGUGACAUGGGACAACACGGGACCAGACCAGAUCAACAUGGUGUCGGCGGUGGACUGGCUGGGGAAGACCACCUCCUGCAACAGCACCGGGUCCAACUGCACCUUCGGGUCGCUGACCUGUGGACAGGCCUACACACUCACUGUCCAGGGCCUCAGCAACACCUGUCAGUCUGCACCCAGCACCAGUGUAAACCUUUUCACAGCUCCCUGUGUUCCCAACCACGUCGUUGCCAGCGUGGACUGCGACACAGGCAUCACAUCUGUGACGUGGGACUUAGCUCGUGGUGCCAACAGCUACACCGUGUAUGCAGAGGGCAGUGGCGGGCACAACACCACCUGUGUCGGCUCAGACACUAACUGUGCCUUCUAUGACCUGAUGUGUGGACAGGACUACGCCAUGGUGGUGCUGGCUAAAGGCGACAGCUGUGUCAGCCUGGCUAGUGAAUCCAUCACAACUACCACUGCCCCCUGUCCUCACACUGGCCUGCAGGCCUCUCUGAACUGUAGCACCAACACAGCCCUGAUCUCUUGGACACCUGGGAAUGGCAUUUUGACCUACAAUGUCUCGGCCGAAGGCUUUGACAUCACACACUACCUGACUUGCUCCACCUCCGGCUCCAGCUGCAGUAUCAGCCAGUUGCUGUGUGGACAGAGGUACCGGGUCAGCAUCAGUGGAGAGGGCCGCACGUGUCCCAGCAUCACCAACGACUGGGUCACCAUUAACACCGCUCCUUGCCCUCCCACUGCCCUCAGCGUUCAGACCUCCUGCAGCUCCAACAACAUAUCAGUCAACUGGACAGCAUCCCACGGUUCUGUCUCCUACACGGCUGUUGCCCAGAGCAUCGGGGGACAUGAGUUGUCGUGUGACACCAGCUUUACUGCUUGUGACAUCUUGGGAUUGUUGUGUGGACAGGUGUACAUGGUUUUUGUUGCCGGAGUGGAUCAGAACUGUGUAGGAACCCAGAGCAACGUUCAGGUGGUCCAUACUGCUCCAUGCGUUCCAGCCAAUGUGCAUAACCACCUGGACUGCCUAUCAGGUGUCCUCACCGUCACCUGGCAACAGAGAGGCAACGCCCCCAACUUCUACAGCACCAGGGUGACAAGCGAGCACGGUGUUCUGACUGAAUGUCAAACCAAUCUGACCACCUGUGUGGUUCCCAGCAUUCAGUGCGGUCUGACUUAUAGCGUUGUGGUGGACGCUCAAAGCGAUGCAUGCAAAAGCUCCUUCAGUCCCACGCAGCAUGUCACAGCAGCUCCCUGUCCACCAGACACGGUAAUUGCGGUGGUGGACUGUGCCACCAAUAUUGUUACGGUAAACUGGGACAACAGCGUUGCCGGGGUGCUCUACACGGUUACAGCUAAAGGCAUCGGAGGUCAGCACUUCACCUGCAACACAGAGGAUGUGGGCUGUGACUUACGCAACUUGUCCUGUGGCGUGGAGUACAACGUGACCGUCACCCCAUCGAAGGACGACUGUGUUGGUGUCAGUACACCCUCUGUGCUGGUGAAGACUGCACCCUGCUCACCCCACCUCGUUGAGGUGGAGAUGGACUGCCUGUCAGAUUCGGCCUGGGUAAUCUGGGACAAGUCGGCGGGUGCAGAGUUUUACAUUGCCACGGCAACAGGCGGCCAGGGGCACACGUCGCAGUGCAACGCCACGGACGCUAACAUCUGCGCCGUGCCACAUCUGCCGUGCGGGGAACGCUUCACCUUCACCCUCACCGCCUCAGACACACAGUGCUCCUCCCUCUCUGUCAACCACGUGGUGUCCGAGACAGCCCCUUGCCCUCCUCAGGACGUGCAGACCAAGGCUGGUUGUGAAAAUAACACGGUGAGCGUGUCGUGGACCCCCAGUGUCGGGGCUCUGGCGUACAGGGCCAUCCUGGAGCGCACGGACGGAGAGGUCACCUGCUGCACCACCCGUGGCACAGGAUGUGACAUCACACAGCUGCCCUGCGGAGAGAUGUACGUUCUGACAGUCACUGCAGAGGGGCGCCACUGUAACAGCUCCCAGAGCUUAGGGGACAUUGUCAGAACAGUCCCCUGCACUCCUCAGAGCCUGCAGGCCAGCGUGAACUGUGUCAGCAACGUGGCGACUAUGACCUGGAACAACAGCGCCGGGGGUCAGUUGUACUCCGUAACGGCCACUGGCACGGAUGGGCACGUCGCGCGAUGCACGUCAUACGAGAGCCGCUGCAACCUCGCCGGCCUGCACUGCGGACAGCACUACACCGCUACGGUGGUGGCGGAAGACAUCAACUGCUCCAGUCCGGUGAGCGGCGCCGCGGAGCUGAAGACAGUACCCUGCGUUCCCGCCGGCGUGUCCACCGUGACGGACUGUGACGCCAACGCCGUGUCCGUGUUGUGGUCCGAAAGCUUAGGGGCUGAUUCUUACACCGCCACCCUGCGGGACAGCAAUGGACGGACCACCAGCUGCCAGGCCCUGAGCGGACCGGCUUCCUGUAACGUCACCGGACUCGGUUGUGGUCAGCUCUACCACGUAACGGUGGCCGCGUCCGACGGAUACUGCAGCAGCCCGUCUACUAACGUUACUGACACCUACACGGCUCCAUGUGCGCCUCAUAACAUCAUGGCAGAGAUGGACUGCGAGGUCCAUGUGGGCCUGGUGCUGUGGUCCAUGAGUCCCGGGGCUGUGUCCUACGUGGUCACCGCCGCAACCCAGUCCGGGCGCGCCGUCACCUGUCGGACGGACAACACCUUCUGCGAACUGGGAGACCUGGCUUGCGGAGAGAGCUACUCCGUGUCCGUACUCGCCCAGGGAGAGAGCUGCAGCAGUCAGGCUACCAUGCCCGGGCAGCUGGUCACCGGUCCAUGUGUUCCCGCCCACCUGAGCACAGAGUACAGCAUCACUAUAGGCCAGGUGACAUGGGAGGCCAGUCAAGGGGCUAACCUGUACACCGCCGAAGCGGUGACGGACGAAGGACAAACGAUUACGUGCAAUACCACCGACACUUUCUGCCCCCUUUAUAACAUGGCCUGUAGCCAGGAGUAUAACGUCACCGUCACGGCACACAACAACGUCUGCCAACACCUGGCUACAUCGGAGUCCGUCAGUCUGAAAACAGAGCCCUGCCCUCCCAACAACGUCAGGACCAGUCUUGACUGUGAGACCGGAAGGGGCACCGUUUCCUGGGAAAUGAGCAAAGGGGCACUGGGAUACAUGGUGUCUUUGGAGGGACGGGAUGGAGACUCUCUCUCCUGCCACACCGUGGCGCCGCAGACUUCCUGUAGCAUGGUUGGGCUUAAUUGUGGCACGGUUUACUAUGCUAGCGUCAAAGUAAUGGGAGAGACACUUAACAGCACAGACUCAACCACUGUCCUGCUGGCAUCAGCUCCCUGUGUUUCUACUAACGUUCAGGCAGUAGUGGACUGUGUGAAUGCCUCUGCCAUGGUGACCUGGGACUGGAGUGAUGGAGCCCAGUCCUACAUUCUCACUGCCAUAGGCAGCGAUGGCCACCAGGUCACCUGCCAUACAGAGGACAACUUUUGCAUUGUGACCGAGCUGUCCUGUGGUCAGGUCUACAACCUUACCCUGACCACCGUCGACCAGAACUGCCAGAUGGAGACCCCCACCGGGGUCAGCUUCAGCACACGACCCUGUGCCCCGCUGCACGUGGGAGUUGACCUGCUGUGUGGGACCCACGCCGCCACCUUAUCCUGGGUGCAGAGUGAAGGGGUGACGUUCUACAUGGCUAGCGCCAACGCCAGACCUGGAGGACCUACUAGGUACUGCAACUCCACCGGGACUAGCUGCCAGUUCCCUGCUCUGGACUGUGGGGAGACAUACAGCUUCACUGUAAUGGCCCACAGCAGCCUGUGUCAGAGCCCACUCAGCAGCACUGUCCAGAUCCAGACAGAACCUUGCCAGCCCAACCAGGUGACAGCUACAGGGUCAUGUGACAGUGAGACAGUGGUGGUGGCGUGGACCCAUGCUCAGGGGUCAGAGAAAUACGUGGUGACAGCCAUGGGAAACCUGGGGUACAUAACUGAGUUCCAGACCAAUGACACAAGCCUGGCAGUGGACCUGCCCUGUGGACAGACCUACAGUCUCAGUGUGAAAGGCCAGGAUGAGCUCUGUGAUAGUUCAAGCACUAAUUCUGCAGAGUUCAGGACUGCGCCCUGUAUGCCGUGGAAUGUGGAGAGCUACACCAACUGUGAGAACAGCCUGGGCUCAGUGAGUUGGGCCGAGAGCGACGGGGCGGAGUACUACACCGCCGUUGCCAUUGGAAGCCGUGGCGACACCCACAUGCGCGUCACCAACACCACUAACUGCACUUGGGAGGACCUACACUGUGGGGACCUGUACACCAUCCACAUCAUAUCCAAUGACUACAGGUGUAGCAGCUCCCCUUACAACAGCACCACCGUACGCACAGCUCCCUGCGUGCCCCAGAACCUGGUGCCCUCUCUGGACUGUGGCAUGAGGGUUGGUUCCCUGACCUGGAACAUGAGCCAUGCAGCAGACUUCUACAUUGUGACUGCGGAGUCCAAUGCCGGCCAUAAGGUGGAAGUGAGCACCAAUGACACCAAAACGUACUUCUCUGAAUUCCAGUGUGGUCAGGAGUAUUUCCUGUCCGUCCAGGCAGUGGAUUCAAUGUGUACGAGUGCACCCAGCCAACCUGCAACAAUCUGGACAGAGCCCUGCGCUCCCGCCUCCGUCUCCAGCGCCAUGGACUGUUUGUCCAAUAUUGCCGUUGUCAAAUGGUUGGCGGCCAAGGGCGGAGCCCAGUACUACACCGCCACGGCGGAGCACGAGAGCGGCCUGUUGGAGACCUGCCUCUCAUCCACAUUCAACUGCAGCACGCCCACCUUGCUCUGUGGCCAGAACUAUAGCAUUACCGUCACCGCAUCCAACGAGCAGUGUCACUCCGACCCCAGUGUUGUCCACGUCCUGACCACAGUUCCCUGCGUCCCCACUGGUGUUGUGGCCGUGAUGAACUGUUCUGACAACACAGCUGCAGUUACGUGGAGCCCCAGCUUGGGGGCGCUGUCCUACAGAGCCAUCGCUCAGAGCCCCAACGGCGUCCUGUCCUCCUGCGAGAGCCACGACCCGUGGUGCGUCCUGUCUAAUCUGACCUGCGGAGUGUCCUAUGAUGUGCAAGUGGUGGCCGUAGACAAGAGCUGCUCCAGCCAUCCCAGCCGCAAAGCAGAGUUCCAGACAGUCCCUUGUACCCCUGCGAUCGCUGGGUUCCUGCUGGACUGCCACAAAGACUCAGGCCUGCUUCAGUGGGCCUCUGCUGCGGGAGCCCAGUCCUACAACGCCACGGCCCGUUCUGGGGAUGGACAGGCAGUCACCUGCCUCACCAAUCACACCGACUGUAAUCUGACGCCGCUGGCGUGUGGUCAGACCUACGCCGUCACCGUGAGGGCAUCCAAUGGACGAUGCGACAGCUUCCAGAGCGCCAUCAGGGUGGUGGGGUCAGUCCCCUGUUCUCCCCAGGGCGUCGAGUAUCAGCUCAACUGUUCAGGGGACUCAGCUCUUGUGGCGUGGCAGGCCAGCCUCGGAGCGGACUCCUACAGCGUCCAGGCUAUGAACUUAGAGGGAAACGUGACUGGCUGUCAGACCAACAGAAACAGCUGUUCGGUAUCGGGCCUCAUCUGCGGUACCACCUACAACCUCAGUGUCGUGGCCAUUAGCAACGGCUGCAACACUUCUCAGAGCGCCACCGUACAGUUGAAGACAGUCCCCUGCGUUCCAAACAAUGUGCAGGCCUCCCUUCAGUGCCCCUCUAACAGCGCGGCUGUGGUGUGGGAGGAGUCCGGCGGUGCUCUGUGGUACCAGGCCGUUGGCACGACGGACGGGGGGCACCAGGUGAUGUGUGACAGCGGUCAGACCCGGUGUGACCUGAGCGGCCUGCUCUGUGGACAGACCUACAACGUCACGGUGGCCUCCGCGGGCUACACCUGCGUUAGCGCGGGCAGCGACGUGGUGCGCGUCAAGACAGCUCCGUGCCCGCCCCUGGACGUUGCGGUGGACGUGCGUUGCGCCAACGGGUCGGCGGCGGUCACGUGGUCCGCCGACCCUGACGUGGAUUCCUUCCAUGUGAAGGCUGUGACCAGUGGCGCCGCCAACCUCUCAUGCGUCUCCGUGGCCACUGGGUGUUCCGUCAGUAACCUCCUGUGCGGGCACAGCUACACCUUCACUGUAACCUCCCUCAGGGGUGGAUGUGAGAGCAGCAGCAGCGCUGCCGUAACGGUGUCUCCAGCGCCGUGCGCCCCGCAGAAUGCUCAAGGUAGCCUGGACUGUGUUUCAAACUCAGCCUGGGUGUCCUGGGAUGCUUCCGGUGGGGCUACGGGCUACACAGUCAUUGCUGACAGUGGAAGAGGGACCAACUCCACUUGUAAUUCCCCCGAUACUGCCUGUAAUGUGCCGAGCCUGGCCUGUGGUACCAACUACACCAUCCACGUGACUGCUACCAACACAUUCUGCCAGAGCGCACCCAGUAAAACCUUCAACAUCGAGACAAGUCCUUGUGGCCUGACGAACGUCACCAUGGUGACCACGUGUCACAGCAGCAGUAUUCUGGUAAGCUGGGGGAAAACGCAGAGCUCUCAGCUCUACGUGGCGACGGCGGAGGGGCAGGACCAGUCCAUCCUCACGUGUAACAGCACGUCCUUCAUCUGCGAGCUGACGGGUGCGCGCUGCGGCAUGCAUUACAUUGUCAUCGUCUCCGCCUCCUCCGACAAGUGCAGCAGCUUAAGGAGCCCGCCGCAAAAGAUCAGCACGGCGCCCUGUGUCCCGAAGGACGUGAAGGUCGUAGCGUCGUGCGAGGCAGAAGGCGUCGUGGUGUCUUGGGAUCACUCCGCGGUGGCCCAGUCAUACCUUCUCACCGCCACGGGCCGAGACGGUGACAUCCGUACCUGCAACAGCUCGGUGAACAACUGCACCCUGGCCCAGCUGCACUGCGGUCAGCCUUACACAGUCAGUGUGACUGCCGGAGCCGAGGGCUGUACCAGCCAGGCCAGCACCAAUGUCACCUUCACCACAGUUCCCUGUGAACCCACGGGGCUGUCCGUUGAGGUCCAGUGUGAGACCAACACGGCCGUGCUGUCCUGGGCUCCCAGCCAGGGCUCUGUACGGUACUACGGCUUCGCCAAGUCUGGGCAGGGAUACGCGCUGCACUGUGACAGCCUGGACACCUCCUGCUCCAUCGGUGGUCUGGCCUGCGGAGUCACGUACAAUUUCUCUGUUUUAGCCUCUGAUGGAGUCUGCAACUCCAGCUCAUUGUUGCAGAAACACAUACUUAAGGGAGCAGCCCCCUGCGCUCCUGCCAACGUGCAUAACCGUAUGCAACUGAUCAACAAGACCCACUAUGCCCGUACCUCCUGGACAGCAGUGCCAUGCCCUGACGUCGAGUAUCUGGUUGAGAUAACCGGCUGUAUCCUGGCCGACCCGCUGGCCAUGUUUCAGAUCUCAUCCUAUUGGACUGAGUACACCUACUUUGAGUUGGCCUUGCCCUGUGGUUCCUCCUUCAAUCUGACGGUCCGCGCCAGAAACUUUGCCGGGACGAGUGAGCCUUUCACACCGGUUACAGGAAUAACCGCUCCCUGUGCUCCUCUGAGCGUGACCUACACAGGAAACAACGCAUCUGCCGCCAUCUCCUGGGAGGCUUCGAUGUUUGCCACAAAGUACACUGUCUACGACGUGAUUGGUCAUUACCGCACUGAGGUGUGCUCUACACCAGAACUCUCCUGUCAGCUGCUCAACAUCCAGCCGGGCACAAUUGAGGUUACCGCUAGCAACGCUGCGGGAGAGAGUGUCCCCAACACUUACAUCAUUGGGCCAUCAAACCGACACAGAAGAGAUCUGGGGCUGGCAGAGGCUGCAAUGUUUGCUGACUUACACAUGAGAGAAGAGCUGUCCAAACCUGAGGUGCUUGUUGCCACAGCAACAGGAGUUUCCCUGCAUGUAGAGUGGGCACCAGUAAGGGACGCUAACCUCUACACCGUCAUCCUCGUCCAGGAUGACUCACCCUCCAGACGCCAGGUGUCGACCAUUUCUGGCGAGCUGAUCGAUUGGAACAAUCUCAAGCCAUCCACAAGAUACUGCAUCUUUGUUUCAGCCAAGAAUGAACGCACACAGAGCAUCUACACCAAUGUGUGUGUCACUACUGGUGUCUCUAUGUGAAUGACCUCACUUCCACCGCAACCACAUGAACAUCAUGGUUAGCAGGGAAUCCACCUAACGACACAGGAAGCAGUCAUGUGAUUCUCUUUACCCUAUCUCCAGAAUCACCAUCAAGGAAGAAGCCCUUGAAAAGAUUGAGGGACGAUCCAACUAGGCGAUCCUACUAAAGCUACAUUGUUUCUCGAUUAACUUAAUAGACAAAUAUAUUGUCUAUUUAAAACGUCAAAAUUGUCUGCCAAUAUCUAUUGAUUAAAUGCUAAUUCAUCUGAUUAACUUUUUAGAACUCCAUUUUCAUAUGUUUGUUUUGGUUUUGUGGUUGUUACGAAAGCUGUGUGUCUUCAUCAUGUUUAGUUCUUUGAAAAAAAGAUUU